AUGCAGCAACAGCAGCAGGUCGUAAUUCAACAAGCGGCUCUCCUUCAACACCAGUCUCUCUACCAUCCUGGACUCUUAGCUCCUCCUCAGAUUGAGCCAAUCCCAAGUGGAAAUCUUCCUGCUGGGUUUGAUCCAAGCGCAUGCCGCAGUGUAUACGUGGGAAACAUUCAUACACAGGUGACAGAACCACUUCUUCAAGAGGUUUUCUCAAGUGCAGGUCCUGUUGAAGGCUGCAAGCUCAUCAUAAAGGAGAAGUCAUCGUAUGGAUUUAUUCAUUACCUUGAUCGUAGAUCAGCUGCACUUGCUAUAUUGUCUCUCAAUGGACAGCAUCUGUUUGGGCAGCCUAUUAAAGUCAAUUGGGCAUAUGCCAGUGGCCAGAGGGAGGACACAUCAAGUCACUUCAACAUCGUUGUUGGUGAUCUCAGCCCUGAGGUUACUGAUGCAAUGUUAUUUGCAUGCUUUUCUGGUUAUCCCAGUUGUUCGUAA